UGUCACAUCCCGGUGUUUUGAACCCAACUGGCUCUUCUUGGGCUCACACGGAGGUGUCUCUGCAUGAAGGCAACGCUUCUUGUGAGGGACGUGUUUUUCUUUUUUUUUUCUGCGUGAAAAAUGUUUGCGCCGAGUGGGAGCUUCCCUGCGGUAUGACCUCGGCUCACCGGCGUCCCCUCGUCGACUUUCAAUCGUGGCACGGACGGAGUGUGGCUGUUGUUCGUCCCCCAUCCACUCAGCCACUCCAAAAAUAAGCUACAUUUGAGGAGCUAGGGCGUUUUGGGUCUCUCUUUUGCUCGCUCUCCUACGUGCACAUUGAUGUUUUGACUUGAAGACGUGACUGGAACCAGAAGAGACCACCUCAUACCUCCACGAGUGGGUUGGGAAUAGAAGAAAACCACCGAUUUCAGUCAAGCUGUCAAUCAUGGCGUGGUCCUAACCACAUGACAGAUAGACACGACUAAUUUAAGAAAGACUUCUGCAUUUCAGGCCUCACAAUGGGGGGAUCCAAAAGUAAGCCCAAGGAGUCGGGUCCACGCACCAUCAGCCUCGAUACCAACCUCAGCUCCGGAGGCGGGGCCGGCGGCCACCACCUGAACUCGGCUCAGCAGUCCUCAACUCCCAGUCGUAGCACCACUGUGGAGGGCAUCCUCGGUGGCAACCAUUCCAUGAGUACUAAGGCCGAACUCGCCUUGUUUGGCGGCGUGGAAAACAGUAGUCAUGAUUCCUCUUCAAGCAGAAUCACACUCGCGGGAGGCAUAACAACCUUCGUGGCAUUGUACGACUACGAGUCUCGAACGGCUUCCGAUCUCUCGUUCAGAAAGGGAGAACGCCUCCAGAUAGUCAACAACACGAGGAAAGUGAACUGCAGAGAGGGAGACUGGUGGCUGGCACGCUCCCUGACCACCGGAGAGAGUGGAUAUAUUCCCAGCAAUUAUGUGGCUCCAUCCGACUCUAUCCAGGCAGAAGACGAUGCACGAUAUGGACAAAGUCAUCUCACACUGACUGCAGAGUCCAGGUGGUAUUUUGGCAAGAUAACCCGCCGCGACUCCGAGAGACUGCUGCUCAGUUUGGAGAAUAGAAGAGGAACGUUCCUUGUGAGAGAAAGCGAGACCACCAAAGGUGCCUAUUGUUUGUCUGUGCUGGACUAUGACAACACCAAGGGGCUGAACGUGAAACACUACAAGAUCAGGAAGUUGGACAGCGGCGGCUUUUACAUCACAUCCCGCACACAGUUUAGCACCCUGCAGCAGCUUGUCAAUCACUAUCGCAAACACGCUGAUGGGUUGUGUCACAGUCUGACAGACAUCUGUCCAGUGCUGAAGCCUCAGACUCAGGGCUUAGCCAAAGAUGCUUGGGAGAUCCCCAGAGAGUCCCUUCGUCUCGACCUCAAGCUCGGACAGGGCUGCUUUGGAGAGGUUUGGAUGGGAACGUGGAACGGUACAACCCGAGUGGCAAUCAAGACUCUGAAACCUGGCACCAUGUCCCCGGAAGCCUUCCUGGAGGAGGCCCAGGUCAUGAAGAAGCUGAGGCACGAAAAGCUCGUCCAGCUUUACGCCGUGGUGUCAGAGGAGCCCAUCUACAUUGUCACUGAAUACAUGGGAAAAGGUAGCUUACUGGACUUCCUCAAAGGUGAAAUGGGCAAGAUGCUCCGACUCCCUCAGCUGGUUGACAUGGCAUCACAGAUUGCUUCAGGGAUGGCUUAUGUGGAGAGGAUGAACUACGUGCACAGAGACCUAAGAGCCGCCAACAUCCUAGUAGGAGAUAACCUGGUUUGUAAAGUGGCUGAUUUUGGCUUGGCUCGCCUCAUCGAGGAUAACGAAUACACAGCCAGACAAGGAGCCAAGUUCCCCAUCAAGUGGACAGCUCCCGAGGCGGCUCACUACGGACGCUUCACCAUUAAAUCUGAUGUCUGGUCAUUCGGGAUUUUGCUGACCGAACUGGCCACCAAAGGAAGAGUGCCCUAUCCAGGUAUGGUGAACCGCGAGGUUCUGGACCAGGUGGAGCGCGGUUACAGGAUGCCGUGCCCUGCAGAGUGCCCGGAAUCUAUGCACGAGCUGAUGAUGACCUGCUGGAGGAAAGAGCCUGAGGAGAGGCCCACCUUUGAGUAUCUGCAGGGCUUCCUGGAGGAUUACUUCACAUCCACCGAGCCUCAGUACCAGCCUGGGGAGAACUUGUGAGGCAGUGUGUGCAUGAAAAAUGUAAAACCAGCCUCAAUGGCGGAAACAUUUCAGUCCAAUCAGCAGCAACUUCCAGUUUUGUCCAAAGCGACUGCCAUGGAGACCACAGUGUUCCAAAAGAGGAAUCCAACCGUGCUCUCAUACACGUCUUUUGUUUUUGUACGUGCGUGUGUGUGUGUCACCCAGGAAGUGGGCCCUCUUUCCUGAAGUUGGUGACGUUGACACAUAAUAAACAUUGCUGCAAAGUAGCACUGAGAAUUUUUUUCCACCGUUAUCUGUUCAACGCUGGCUUGUCGUCUUCCAUUUUUUAUUUUAUUAUUAUUAUUUUUUUUAAUUCUGAUCUUCAGACGGCCAUCAGUGGGAUGAGUUCAGUUGCAAACCUUUGGCUUUCUUGUACGUUUUAUUUUUGACACCCUGCAACUGGAGGCAAGGUCUGUCUCAAAUCAGUUGUGGCAAAACAAAUGGCUACUGAUAAUAAACGUUCAUCUCAGGAUGGAGAGGAGCAGAAUUUUGCAGCUAAAAACGUUUGUGCCAAUGACAUUUUUCUACUCCCAUCCACAGUGCAAAGGUACGACAGUGACUUUUUUCACAUGGUUUAAACUGUACCAGUUUCAAGCAUUUGAAUUAAAAACAGGUGAUUCUUCAUUAAUGUUUCUCUAAUUAUUUUGGCCCCUUCUAUUUUGUGUGCAUUUCUAGCACAACCAUACACUGGAAUUAAUUCAGAUUCAGAUUCAGAAAAGUUUAUUUAUCUUAAUGGUACUCGUGCUGGCUUUCUAAGAUUACCACUGAUCACAUGUUUCUGCUUCAGACUACCUUUUAGGAAGCCCUCCCAAGCACUUCAUGCAUGGCAAAUGAUUUGGUAUUUUUAAAAUAAAUGCAAGUGUAAAUAUAUUGAAUGUUUAUAAUUUGUAUAUAAACACAUAUGUAAUCUUUAUAAUUUAUUUCAUUUAAAAAUAACCCUUUUUGCCUUGGAGCGUCACGCAAUUGCAUCAAUUCUGGCCCAUGCAUAAAAGAAAAGUCUGUAAAAAAAA